CUACAACGCAUGAUUGAGAAGAGAAAACGGCAUGUCGUGUUCGAACGAUAACGAGGAUACUGGUGCAAAGGCGGUAUAUGUUGCGCACCCGCUGCGCCUCGACAGCAGCAAGAACAUCCGGCUCGUCAGCGUGCUGCCACGGAUUGCAGGAAACCCACUCAAACCCGACCUUUCGACAGCUGUUGAUUUACCACGUUUUAUGGUCAACGUUCACACUGUACCUCUCGAGAGCGCUCCACCAUACAUCGCAUUGUCCUAUGUAUGGGGCCCGCCUGAGCCGUCUCAAGUCAUUACUUUAGCAGGGCAGCGUUUCCGCAUACGCGAAAAUCUUUGGGCCUUCCUGGAACGGGCAAGCCUAUAUCAUAGCCUUGGCUUCCUCUGGAUCGAUGCUCUGUGUAUUGACCAAUCGUCGAUUCCGGAGCGGAACCACCAGGUUGCCAUGAUGGGCGACAUCUACCGUCGGGCGAAGAAGGUCAUCUCGUGGCUUGGCACAGGGCCGCCGGAGCUUGUGGAAGCGGUUAAGAAACUAGGGAAUGGAGACGGUACAAAGUCCACCUUUGAUCAUGUUGUGGUUUUGAGUGAUGCGGAAUAUUGGCGCAGAGCUUGGAUCGCACAGGAAGUGGCACUGGCCCAAGAAUUGGAUAUCUGGUGUGGAUACGAAAGCAUGUCUUCAUCAUUGCUGAGAAAACGGGUAUACAAAUACCUCGGUAAUCCUCUUGUUACCUGGAUGAUCUUGCUGUCGGGACCAAUGCAAGACAGACCAAUGAAAGACAUCGACGGGCUGUUGUUCCACCUUUACCCAACCCCUGCGCAUUGUGCGGACGUUAGAGAUCGGAUCUACUCUCUUCUCUCACUUGUGGAUCCGGGGCUUCUAGAGAAGCAUCCGAUAACAGUGGAUUAUACCAAAUCUCCGUAUCGGCUGUUCCUAGAAUUAACAGAUAGAAUGAGGCGGCAAUUUGCUACGCAACUUCACUCGUUGCGUAAGAUGGCAGACUUUGCCGAGCAUCUGCAAGAGACACUAGGCUUGCAGAGCGACCCACGUGUCACGAACUGGGUCUCAAAAGGACGACGGGGGCUCUCCAUUGGCGAGGAUCUGGAUGUGAAGCCUCGUUGGCCCCCGGCCCAGCUCUAUCUCUACCACUCAGCCCUCGCGCUCAAGAGAAAGGUAGCACUACGUGCCGAGAUCGGCUCCAGCAAAUACCGACGAACCUGGGAUACUGUGCAUAGCGCCUCUCGCUAG